AUGGCCCAAACCGAGACUUCCCUUUCAAGCUCUACCAGACCAGAUAUGGAUCUCGAUACAUCUGAGAAACACCCUCAUGUAGAGGCACUACCAGAGUCUCAAACAUUAUCUCCCAUUACCGAGACUGAGUAUCCCGAAGGUGGAAGGGAAGCAUGGCUCGUCGUUGUCGGAGGCUGGUUCGGCCUCUUCUGCACCUUCGGCCUAGUAACAUGCGUCGGUGUAUUUCUCGAGUAUUACCAGACAGGUCCUUUAGCAGACUACAGUCCCAGCUCUAUUAGCUGGAUCACGAGUUUGCAAGUAUUCUUCCAAGUCGGUGGCUCAGCAGUCUGGGGUCGUGUCUAUGACUCAUACGGCCCUAGAUACCUUCUUCUCAUCGGCGCUCCCGUAUAUGUCUGCGGUAUAAUGAUGCUCUCUUUGUCAACGCAAUACUAUCAGAUCCUUCUCUCCCAGGCACUGCUUAGUUCCAUGGGCUCAGGCGCCGUAUUCACUGCUUCACUAACAUCGACAACAUCAUGGUUCAGAAAGAGGCGCGGAACAGUCUUUGGCAUCGUAAACUCUGGAUCUUCCGCCGGUGGUAUAGUGCUACCCAUCAUACUAUCUCGUUUGUUCAAGAUCAUCGGCUUUGGGUGGACCUUGCGAGCUGUUGGUUUCAUGUUUUUGGCUUUCAUGGCGAUUUCAUGCGUCUUGAUCAGGUCACGGACCCCGCCCAAACCGCGUCCUUUCGCGUCGUCAGAUUAUCAGCGCUGCCUCAAGGAGCCAGUCAUGGUGUUGACCAUGUUUGGUGGCUUUCUCUUCUUUUGGGGAAUGUUUCUACCGUUGAACUACAUCAUCAUUCAGGCAAAGGCGAGCGGUGUUUCGUCCGACCUGGUGCCUUACCUUCUUCCGCUCAUUAACGGUAUCAGUCUGAUCGGUCGUUUGACAGCAGGUGCACUGGCAGAUGUCAUCGGCCAGUUCAACUGCAUGCUGAUAAUCACGACAUUCACAGGCAUCUUGACGCUGGUGCUCUGGAUUCCGGGCAGUCAAAGUACAGCAGCCAUCAUGGCAUAUGCUGUUGCUUUUGGCUACGGCUCAGGUGGCUACGUAUCCAUCUUUCCUGGCUGUGUCGGACAGAUCAGCCCAAUUGAAGAGAUCGGUACACGAAUAGGACUCGCAUCACUUGUAAAUGCAUUCGGGGCUUUGACGGGCAGUCCGCUUGGCGGUGCGUUAAUCUCAGAUAAGAGCGGGAGCGGGAAUAGCUUCAUCGGUUUGCAGUUGUUUUGCGGCUGUACCAUGAUUGCUUCCGUGUUUGCUUAUGGGACUGCAAGGUAUUGUCAGGCUGGUUUCAAACGGACCAAGGUCUAG